AUGCUGUCCCCAGGCGUGCCACGUGGCAGGGGGCUUGAGGGGGGGGGGGGGGCAGAGAAGCGCAAAGCCUUUGUGCGGAGGGACGGGGACAUGGCCCCCACUGCCGGGUCCUUGUGUGGCAGCCUCAGUGGGAAGAGGAAGAAGAGGAUGAUGUACCUGACAACAAAGAACGCUGAGUUUGACCGUCAUGAGCUGCUCAUCUACGAGGAGGUGGCCCGAAUGCCGCCAUUCCGCAGGAAAACGUUGGUGCUCAUUGGCGCACAGGGCGUUGGACGCCGCAGCCUUAAGAACAAGCUCAUCAUGUCAGACCAGGCACGCUAUGGCACCACCAUCCCAUACACGUCACGGAAGCCGAAGGACAGCGAGCGGGACGGGCUUGGGUACCGCUUUGUGUCGCGGGGGGAGAUGGAGGCCGACAUCAAGGCCGGGCGAUACCUGGAGCACGGCGAGUAUGAGGGCAACCUCUAUGGCACCAAGAUCGACUCCAUCCGUGCCGUGGUGGAGGCUGGCAAGAUGUGCAUCCUGGAUGUCAACCCCCAG